GGCACGGCGGCAGCGGGGGAGGGAGCGCGCCGGCUCAACUCCCGUGACGUCACGGGGGUCCGGGCGAGGGGCGGGUUCGGGCAACGGCCAGUCCCGCGUGAGCGCUUCCUGUUUUCAAUUAGGUCCGCGAUCCGCGUAUAUAAGGAGGUUGCCCCAACGGCUUUCACGCUGAUUCUGAGAACGUUCUGAACGUUGCAGAUAUGUCUGGUCGCGGCAAGGGCGGGAAGGGACUAGGCAAGGGCGGCGCCAAGCGCCACCGCAAGGUGCUGCGCGACAACAUCCAGGGCAUCACCAAGCCCGCCAUCCGGCGGCUGGCCCGGCGCGGCGGCGUCAAGCGCAUCUCGGGCCUCAUCUACGAGGAGACCCGCGGGGUGCUCAAGGUGUUCCUGGAGAACGUGAUCCGGGACGCCGUCACCUACACGGAGCACGCCAAGCGCAAGACGGUCACGGCCAUGGACGUGGUCUACGCGCUCAAGCGCCAGGGCCGCACCCUCUACGGCUUCGGCGGCUGAACUCCGCAUCCGUCGCUUU